AUGAAAACAAACUCUAGGAGCAGUCCGAAUGUGGAUGUUACAAAAAUUGGAGCCGCUGCACACCACAAACAGCUUUCGCCACGGGAAUUUUGUGGAAAUCAUGUGCUGAAUACUGCAGAAAAUGUAAGGGAAGAUCAGGAGGACAUUGCGUCAAAGUUUUCAACAAAAGAUGUAGCGGUGGAUACCAAUGCCAGUGCACUGGAGGAGGACAUGCUAAAUCAAAAAAUCCCAUUGAUAUCGCUACCUGUAGAUUUGGACUAUGAUCUCGAAAGUAAGACACUUCACAAUUGUGUUAUGAUCCACAUUCGAUAUAAAACUUGAAUAACGCUCUAUCACUCCACGAAUGUGAACUAUGAUCAUGUUCAAAC